AAUAAAUACGCACAAGUCGCGGUCUCCACCAAACACAACUCGUCGACGUCACCAUGUCCGUCGCCCCCGCCAACGACGACCGCACCGCCGAGCUCCACGCGCUGGACGCAACCCUCGCCGGCGUUCGCGGCCUCGUGGCGUCAGGCGCGACGCAUGUCCCGCACAUCUUCCGCCUCCCCGACCCGGUGGAGCAGCUCCGGGAUCCUCCUCCCUCGGCGCCCGUCCCGGUGAUCGACCUCGGCGGCGACCGCGCGGCCGUGGUGGACGCCGUCGGCCGGGCCGCGUCGGAGUGGGGGUUCUUCCAGGUGACGGGCCACGGGGUGCCCGAGGAGGCGAUGGCCUCAGCCGUGGCGGCGGUGCGGGCGUUCCACGAGGCGGACGGUGGGGAGGGCAGCGACAAGGCGCGGCUCUACUCGCGGGAGCCCGGGAAGGCGGUCAAGUUUCACUGCAACUUCGACCUGUACCAGUCGCCGGUGGCCAACUGGAGGGACACGCUCUACCUGCGCAUGGCGCCCGACCCGCCGUCCUCCGACGAGCUGCCGGAGAGCUGCCGAGAUGCGCUAUUUGAAUAUGCGAAACAAGUGAAGAAUUUGGGAGACAUAUUGUUCGAGCUGCUCUCCGAAGCUCUUGGCCUCAAACCGAGCUACUUAACAGAUAUAGAGUGCAAUCAGGGACAAAUUAUACUUUCCCACUACUACCCUCCGUGCCCCCAGCCUGAACUUGCCAUUGGAACAAGCCGGCAUUCCGACUCAGGCUUCCUGACCAUACUUCUGCAAGACGAAGUUGGGGGCCUGCAGAUCCUCCGUGAGGAUCAGUGGGUCGACAUUACACCGACCCCUGGAGCGUUCAUCGUCAACAUAGCUGAUCUCUUGCAGUUAAUCUCCAACGACAAGUUCAGUAGUGUGGAGCACAGAGUGGUAGCGAAGAAUGCCGAACCGAGAGUUUCGAUCGCAUGCUUUUUCAGCACGCAUUUUCAUCCUGCUUCGACAAGAACAUAUGGUCCAAUCAAGGAGUUGCUGUCAAAAGAGAACCCUCCUUUGUAUAGGGAAACACGAGUCAGAGAUUAUAUUGCACAUUACUACUCUCUUGGAUUGGAUGGCAGGGAGAAGACUGCCCUAUCUGGUUUCCGGUUGUGAAUCCUGAAAGAAAGUGUUUUACCAGCAAGAAGCAAAGAUUUGAACAGUGGUUAUCGUGUAACUGGUCAUAAGAUGUCCUAAUAUAAAUUUAAGCUUACCACAAUAUUUAUACUCUCGAACUAUUACAAAAUUCUGAUUUUCAACUUUCAAUUACAAAACCAGAUAACAGAGGCCA